GAAGGGUAAUGAUGGCGACCUUCUAUGUGAGGGAAUAACAUUUCUCAAAGCUUGUUUUCGCCGAUGUUUUGAGCUGUAUCACAUACUUGACCAGAGUGAUACAGAGCACUGAUUUCGGGGGCUGGGACCAAUAGUCUCUUAUAUGUUCUCAAAAUGGGUCUUUUAGAUAGGCUAAGGAAGGAGUGGUUCAUUAUAGGAAUAGUGCUUGUGAUUACCUUCGCAAGGCUGGAGCCUUCUGCAGGAGUGAAGGGAGGACCCCUGAAGCCUGAGAUCUCAAUCACGUAUAUUGCUGUUUCUGCAAUAUUUUUUAACAGCGGACUGUCAUUAAAAACUGAGGAGCUAACCAGCGCUUUGAUGCAUGUGAAGCUGCAUCUUUUUGUCCAGAUCUUCACACUCGUAUUUUUUCCUGCUGCAAUAUGGCUUUUCCUGCAAAUGCUAUCAUUAACCACCAUCAAUGAAUGGCUGUUGAAAGGGUUGCAGACUGUUGGCUGUAUGCCUCCUCCUGUGUCCUCUGCUGUAAUUUUGACCAAAGCUGUUGGUGGAAAUGAGGCAGCUGCUAUAUUUAAUUCAGCCUUUGGAAGUUUUCUGGGAAUUGUUGUAACGCCACUUUUACUGCUACUUUUUCUUGGGUCUUCCUCUUCUGUGCCUUUCACCUCCAUAUUCUCACAACUGUUUAUGACAGUAGUGGUCCCUCUCAUAGUUGGACAGAUUGUCCGCAGGUUCAUUAAGGACUGGCUAGAGAGGAACAAACCUCCUUACGGUGCUAUCAGCAGCUGUGUGCUCCUUAUGAUUAUCUACACAACAUUCUGUGACACUUUCUCAAACCCACAUAUCGACUUGGAUAAGUUCAGUCUGAUCAUAGUGGUGUUCAUCAUAUUUUUCAUCCAGCUCAGCUUCAUGCUUUUAACAUUCGUCUUCUCUACAGGGAAACAAUCAGGAUUCACUCCUGCAGACACAGUGGCAAUUAUGUUUUGCGCUACACACAAGUCUCUCACUUUAGGGAUUCCAAUGCUGAAGAUAGUGUUUGAAGGCUAUGAGCAUCUUUCCUUAAUCUCCGUCCCGUUGCUGAUCUACCACCCCGCGCAGAUUCUGCUGGGCAGCGUGCUGGUUCCAACGAUAAAGUCUUGGAUGGUCAAAAGGCAGAAGGCAUUGACGUUAAAGCUGCAACCUGUAUAACAAGAAAUCCUGCUUUACUCCACGAAAUGUGCAUAGAAUGCAACAUGCAGCAGCCCUAAUGAAUACAUUCGGGAGCUUUUUGCAUCACUAACUGAAAGAACAUCUGCGUUUCAAGUGCCUUAACAGAUCAAGCUAGGAACACGAUCUUGGUUUUAAACCAACAGGUUUGGUCCUGCAGAGGGUCUUUCUGCUGACCUUUCUUUUUUUUUUAUACAUCUAUAUUUUUUUUUAUAUGUAAAUUUCAAGAUAUAAUGAAGAAUAAUCCAGCGAGUUCAUUCCAUGGCGUUUGCCAUCUAUUGAACUAUUGCGACAUCUGUAAAAAGGUGAAGGAUUCCUAAAUCAUUAGGAAUGUGUGGGCUUCAGUGAUUCAAGGUUUGUUUUAUGUGUAUUUGUAUCUUCUUCUUGAUGUUAUUUUAUUAAAAAUAUUUUUGAUUGAGUGUAAAAA